UCUCCCUGCCUCCCAACUCCCGCGAGCUUCCCUUCCCGUCUCUCGCUCCAUUUCGCCCCUUUUCCUCCCUCCAGCCUCCCUCGGAGCCACGGCGCUUCUGUAGAUUUCGUUCAACGCCGAUCGGACGGUGAGGAUUCAGGCCCCCGAUACUCCAUCGAUCGCCCUCCCCGCCGUCCACCUCAUUCCUCCAUGUCUCCGCCAUCCGGCCCCGUGGCCGACAGCCCGUCGCCGGCGAACUGCUCCGUCCGAAAGCGGACGGCGGCGCCGCCUCCCCCGCCUCCGAAGAAGUACCGGUCCAUGGCGGAGAUAAUGCGGGUGGCGAAGCCCUCCGUCCCUGUCACCGGCGAGUACUACUCGGACCUCCGCUGUGAGGAAUGCCGGUCCGGCGAUCGCGACGAGGAGAUGAUCCUGUGUGACCGUUGCGACCGCGGGUACCACCUCUACUGCCUCCGGCCUAUCGCCGUUAGGGUUCCGUCGGGGCCUUGGUUCUGCCCUAGCUGUGGUGGAGAGAGACAAUUUAGAAGGUUUCCGAUGAUGCAGACAAAGAUUAUCGAUUUUUUUCGGAUUCAGGGAACCGAGGAGAAAAGUGGCCACUCCCAAGGUGAUUGUACAUAUGGAAGAAAGCGCAAGAGAAGUUCCUUAGUUAUGUACAAGAAGAGGAGGAGAAUAUUGCCGUUCACUCCAACUGAAAAUUCAGCUAGGAGACUUGAACAAAUGAGUUCUCUUGCCACUGCACUAAUAGCAAUGCAUAUGAAAUUUAGUAAUGAGCUGACUUACAUGCCUAGAAUGGCCCCUAAAUCUGCUAAUCAAGCAAAUUUAGAGAAGGAUGGCAUGCAGGUACUACCAAAGGAAGAUAAAGAAACACUAGAGCUCUGCAGAUCAAUGUACAAAAGAGGGGAAUGUCCUCCUCUCUUAGUUGUUUUUGAUCCGCUUGAAGGAUUCACUGUACAAGCUGAUGGUCCUAUAAAGGAUAUGACACUUGUAACCGAGUAUACUGGCGAUGUGGACUACUUGAAAAACCGGGAACAUGAUGAUUGUGAUAGCAUGAUGACCCUUCUUCUAGCAAAAGACCCCUCUGAUAGCCUAGUUGUUUGUCCCGAUAAACGUGGAAACAUUGCUCGUUUCAUUAAUGGCAUUAACAAUCACUCCAGGGAUGGUAGGAAGAAGGAGAACCUUAAAUGUGUAAGGUAUGAUGUAAACGGUGAGUGCCGAGUCUUAUUGGUUGCUUGCCGUGAUAUAUGUAGUGGAGAACGGCUAUAUUAUGAUUACAAUGGAUACGAGCAAGAAUACCCUACUCACAAUUUUGUUUGACAAUCUCGGCAACCUCAUUAACAUAUACACUUUAACCUCUUCUUUGAGAUUGGGUGAGUAGGGAUCAAUUUUUGGCAGACAGCUUUUGGUCCUUUCUCGGCGAAGCUCUCCAAUUUUGUAGCUUCACGAUUAAAGUUCUGAUUCCAUGUAGUGUUUUCCCAUCUUUAAGAUAUGGGUUAAGCCACAUGAGCAUUUAAAAGUUUGAUUUGUUUCUUGGCUAUUGUUAUACAAGGAAUAUUUUUGUUCUACCAAAAAUUCAUACAA